CUUGCAGACUUUGUCCCAUUUCUGUUCGCUUUUUUGGUCCAGCCAGCAGGGUGAUUAAGGAUGAAGCUCCUCACUGUGGCUGCCGUCACCAUUUUUGUCCUGUCUGCCUUUGACCAGGCAGACUCCUCUGCUUAUGACAAGAUUGUAACCCACAGUCGAAUUAGAGCAAAGAAUGAGGGACCCAAUGUGUGUGCUCUUCAGCAAGUAAUGGGAACCAAAAAGAAAUAUUUCAGCACUUGCAGGAACUGGUACCAGGGAGCAAUCUGUGGCAAAAAAGCCACAGUGCUAUAUGAAUGCUGCCCUGGAUACAUGAAACUGGAUGGAAUGAGAGGCUGCCCUGCAGUGGCUCCUAUUGACAAUGUGUAUGGCACCCUUGGCCUUGUUAAUGCCAUCACAACUCAAGAUUAUUCUGAUAGGUCAAAGCUGAGAGAGGAGAUUGAAGGACAUGGAUCGUACACAUUCUUUGCACCAAGUAAUGAAGCUUGGGAUUUGCUGGAUCCUGAAGUAAGGAGUGGAUUAGUGAGCAACGUGAACAUUGAGCUGUACAAUGCUCUGCACUACCACAUGGUGAACAAGCGUCUUUUGACUAAAGAUCUGAAGAAUGGCAUGACAGUGGAAUCAAUGUACGACAAGCAGGGUCUGCUCAUCAACCAUUACUCAAAUGGGGUGGUUACAGUGAACUGUGCCAGGGUCAUCCAUGGCAAUCAGAUCGCCACCAAUGGGGUCGUUCAUGUGAUUGAUCGUGUCAUCACUGGCGUUGGGAACACCAUUCAAGAUGUGAUUGAAGUUGAUGAUGACCUGACCUCCCUGAGUGCUGCUACUGUUGCAUCUGGCUUGCUGGAUAAACUCGGGGAGCCUGGACACUACACUGUUUUCGCUCCCACUAACGAAGCCUUUGAGAAGCUGCCCAGAGCUGUGCUGGAAAGGAUCAUGAGUGACAAGGUGGCCCUGCAAGCCCUGCUGAAAUUCCACAUUCUGGACUCGGUGCAGUGCUCUGAGGCCAUCAUGGCUGGCAGCUCUUACGAGACGCUGGAGGGCAACAACAUCGAGAUCGGCUGCGACGGCGAGAGCCUGACAGUGAACGGAAUCAAGAUGGUGAAGCGCAAGGAUGUCGUGACCAGCAAUGGUGUCAUCCACUUCAUCGACCAGGUCCUGAUCCCCAAUUCAGCUAAACAGGUUCUGGAGCUCACUGGACCCUCUCAGUCCACCUUCACUGAUAUGAUUGCUCAGCUGGGUCUGGCCGGUUCCUUCAGACCUGAGGCAGAGUACACCCUGUUGGCCCCACUGAAUGGAGCUUUCACAGAUGAAGUGCUAGCUAUGGACCAGAGGCGUCUGAAGAUCAUCCUGCAGAAUCACAUCCUGAAGCUGAAAGUUGGUCUGAGCCAGCUGUACAAUGGACAGCUCCUGGAGACCCUCGGAGGGAAGAUUCUCAGGGUCUUCAUUUACCGCACUGCUGUCUGCAUUGAGAACUCUUGCAUGGUGCGAGGCAGCAAAGAAGGGAGAAACGGUGCCAUCCACCUUUUCAGAGAAAUCAUCACACCAGCGGAAAAGUCAAUGUUUGAAAUCCUGAAGAGUGAUGCGCGAUUUAGCAUGUUCUUGCAGCUGAUGGAUGUUGCCGGCCUGACUGAGGUACUCAAGCAGAAAGGAGAUUGGACUCUCUUUGCACCAACCAAUGAUGCUUUUGAGGGUCUGACUCAGAAGGAGAUUGAGAUUCUUACGAGUGACCCCAAUGCCCUCAAGACCAUUCUGCUAUACCACUUGAGCAAUGGCGUUUUCAUCGGUGGUGGAAUGGAGAGUGGAGUCACCAAUCUUCUGAAAUCCAUGGCAGGCAGCAACCUUAUGGUGAAAGCAAUUAACAACACUAUCCUGGUGAACGAGGUGAAAGCAGAUAAAAGCGAUGUCAUGGCAACAAACGGUGUCGUUCACAUUGUCAAGUCUCUUCUCUAUCCACGAGAUAUCCCUGUUGGAAACCAACAGCUCCUGACCAUACUGAAAAGACUGAUCAAGCACAUUCAGCUCAAGUUUAUUCAGGGAUACAGAUACCAAGAAAUUCCUCUGACAUUCUUAACAAAGAUAAUUAAAACAGAGGUACGUGAACCUGAGAUUAAAAUAAUUGGAGGCGGAACUCAGACAGUCACCAGAGUCAUCCAAGGAGAUUCCAUGCUCAAGGAUCAGGAAUACAGGUAUCAUGCAGCCACUGGGAGAAACAGUUACCAUGUCCUCAAAGGACCUCAGAUUACAAAAAUUACUAGGGUUGUUGAUGGACAGCCAUCUAUCACUAAGGUGACAAGAGUCAUUGAAGGUGAACCUGCCAUUACCAAGGUGACCCGGGUCAUCGAGGGAGACCCAGCCCUUACCAAGGUUACACGAGUCAUUGAGGGAGAUCCCACCCUUACCAAGGUUACACGUGUCAUUGAAGGUCCUCAGUACGCAGUCACUCAUGUUUCCACCGAUGGCCAGCAUGAAAUUGAUGGAGAGAUCAAGAAGAUUCUCAGUGAAGAAGCUACCAAGGUUACGAAACUACUUGAAAGUGAAGCACACUUACUUGAAGAAGAAGAAAUCAAAAGGCUUCUCCAGGGAGCUGGAACUGGGUACACCAAAGUGACCAAAGUGAUUCAGGGGGAGCCUCAAGUCAUUGAAGGACCUUUUUCCCAGUACCACACCACAAUCGAAGGAGAGCCCCAGCAACUGGAGUCUGAUUCAGAGAAAGUCACCACAUUCAUUCAAGGAACAGUGAGAAAUCCUUCUAGAAGAAUUCCAACAGCACCCCGAAGAAGGACUAGACUCGCCCAGCAUAAACGAAUCCCUCGGCAGUGAUUGAGUAAUUGGGAAAUCUCACUACCACUUCCAUAUAAUACUUUGUGAGGAGAAUGAGAGUAAAAGUAAACCAUCAGGACCAAAACCAAGAGCCAAACUGGUCCAAACGCAAGAUAGGUAAAUGCCUCUGGGAUAAAUAAAUGUAAAAACCUCAGUGGAAAUGAUCACUUGAUGCUUGUCAGCCCUACGCCAAAUAACCAUCUUUAUAGCUGUAAGAAAAUGUUGCAUUCCAAAUGAGUAUUUAGACCACCUCAUAUAUUAACACUGUACCUGAAUACACGUGAGAACUUGUGAAAUGUGGUGUGGGAAUGGGAAGAUAGUAAUUAAAGAAUAUACACCAUGUAUUUCCAUUUUUUAGAAAAAAGUCUGGCAAUGGAACAUAUUUUUUUUUCUUUUGGAGGCCAUUCCUUGGCUAGUGAUUAUGAUGCAGGUCAGAUAAAAAGGAAUGGUUACAUCUGCAUGAUCAAAACUUAUUGGUGCUCACAUUCAGAACUAAGAAUGCUUUUCUUCAAUGAAAUAAAGUAAUGCUUUGCUCUUUUCAGGUACUAACUGAUGAUGUAAAUUAUGUAACUUGACUCUUGGCCAGGUUUUAUCAUUCUAGUUCUGAUUUCUUUCAGUGGUUCAUUUUAGCUAUACGCAUCUGUUUUUUGUUUUGUUUUUUGUUUUUAUUUUUUUAAGAGACUAGCCACUGAAAUGCAUCUUUCAUAUUUUCUGAAAGCCAUUUUUGGUUGUUUUCUGUACAUUUAUUGUACACAAAGCUUAUAAUGUUUUCUGUGCCUUUUUUACUUGUUUUAGGAAAUGAUUAUUCAAUAAAAAACUUUAUUGAAUGU